CCAGAAACGACGGCGUUCCUGUUCCUGCAAAAUCUUCGAAACUGACACGUCACCGCCAAAAUUAAAAAUGAAAAAUUUAUCCGUAUGGGCUGUCGUUACAAGAGAGAAACUGGGGUUCUGAUACGCGAUAAACCAAAAAAGAUCCAAAUUAUCUUAAUUUUAUAAUCAUCAUUAUUAUUAUUGCAAUAUUAUCGAUAUCUAAAUUUUGCUUUCUUUCGCUACUCUGAUCGCGACGAGAUAACGGAUCUUGAUCGCUGUGGAGAAAUUUCUUAGAAGCCAUCGUUGACAGGCAAACCACACGCAUACAGACAAAACACUUCACUUGCAGCAGAUCGAAUACAAAGCCCUGCAUACCCACAAACGCACUCACUUAUCAGCUUCUUCAGAGGCAGCAGCGAUUGACGCAAUUAUGGCGUAAAAUUGAACGGGGCUGAAUGGUGAAUUAGCUCCGGGGAUUGGUAUAAUGGAUCAAUAAUUGAGGGGUUUCAUGCAGCUUCCAGGGUAAAUUUGGGAAAAUAAAUGUCUUUCUUUGUUAAGAAUUCGAGAAGAUUUGUUUUUUCUUAUAAAGUUGGUUUAUUUGGAUAAGGAAUACUUUCACAAGAUUUUGGGACUUUCACAAGAAAUGGCUACUCCUGUUGAACCUCCAAAUGGGGUUAGUAUUCAUGGGAAACAUUACUAUUCCAUGUGGCAAACUUUGUUUGAAAUUGAUACGAAAUAUGUACCAAUCAAGCCAAUUGGCAGAGGAGCCUAUGGAAUUGUGUGUUCUUCUGUGAAUAGAGAAACGAACGAGAAAGUUGCAAUUAAGAAAAUACACAAUGCUUUUGAGAAUCGUGUUGAUGCACUCAGAACCUUACGUGAAUUGAAGCUUCUUCGGCAUCUCAGACAUGAUAAUGUUAUUCAAUUGAAGGACGUUAUGAUGCCUAUCCAUAGGAGAAGUUUCAAGGAUGUUUAUCUUGUUUAUGAACUCAUGGACACUGAUCUGCAUCAAAUUAUUAAGUCUUCUCAAGCACUUAGUAAUGAUCACUGCCAAUAUUUCUUAUUCCAGUUACUCCGUGGUCUUAAGUAUCUUCACUCAGCAAACAUUCUCCAUCGUGACUUGAAGCCUGGGAAUCUCCUUAUCAACGCUAACUGUGAUUUAAAAAUUUGUGAUUUUGGGCUUGCACGUACUAGCAAUGGCAAGGGCCAGUUCAUGACUGAGUAUGUUGUUACUCGUUGGUAUCGGGCUCCAGAACUACUACUCUGCUGUGAUUACUAUGGGACAUCCAUUGAUGUCUGGUCUGUUGGAUGUAUCUUUGCAGAGCUGCUUGGCCGGAAGCCUAUCUUCCCCGGAACAGAGUGUCUUAACCAGCUUAAACUUAUCAUCAACAUCCUUGGCAGCCAGAGGGAGGAGGAUCUUGAAUUUAUUGACAACCCUAAGGCCAAGAAAUACAUCAAGUCUCUUCCAUAUUCCCCUGGCAGUCCCUUUUCUCGCCUUUAUCCUAAUGCUCAUCCCUUGGCAAUUGAUUUACUGUUGAAAAUGCUUGUUUUUGAUCCAUCAAAGAGAAUAACUGUUACUGAAGCACUCCAACAUCCUUACAUGUCCCCACUGUUUGAUCCCAGCAGCAAUCCUCCAGCCCAAGUCCCAAUUGAUCUUGACAUAGAUGAGGAUUUAGGGGAAGAGAUGAUAAGGGAGAUGAUGUGGAAGGAGAUCCUCCAUUACCAUCCCGAAGCAGCUACAGCCACUGGGCUGAUCUGUGCUUGAUCAUGCUCCAUAAUUUUCCAGAGGGGCCUCAGAUGUUUUUUCUUUGUCCUUUUCAUUCUGGCUUAAACUGAGGAAGUAUUUGUUGGCGGUUUAGUCCUCUUUUUUCUUUUUUACUUCUCUUCUUCUUCUUCAUCCUUUUCUCUUCUUUUUAAUGUCUGUUGUUGUAUCGUCUGCUAAUAAUCUUAAGGAAGCAUGCACCAGUCAGAUGUGCCGUUGAUGCAUGAUUCGACUAACUUUUGUCUUAAGAGCUUGAGCUCUGAACUUUACGGGUCCCUUCAGUUUGUACAUAGGUGUGCUUUUGUAAGAGUUUGGAAAAACUUUUGUUGUAUAUUAGAAUAUCUUGGAUGUAAUUUCAUGCUGUCACAGCCUUAUGGUA